UAGCAUUUCCCACUUCGACGAAAAAUCUGCUUAGCUUUUCUCACUUUAUAUCUUUCUUCUUUCUUGAUCGCUCAACUCACAGCGACGCACUUCCUCAGAGUUGUCGGUCCUGCAAGGAGAUACCGAUCAUGUCUCAGCGCAAGCUUAGUCGAGUUCCCAGUAUCAGAGACCGAGUAGAGGAUACUCUCUCUGCGCAUCGCAACGAACUUGUCGCUCUCCUCUCCAGGUAUGUGGCUCAGGGAAAACGGAUUUUGCAACCCCAUAAUUUGAUUGAUGAGCUCGAAAGCAUCCUCGGCGAGGAUGAAGCAUCACAGGAUCUUAAAAAUGGUCCCUUCGGCGAAAUCCUCAAGUCCGCACAGGAAGCCAUAGUUUUCCCUCCUUUUGUGGCAAUUGCAGUUCGUCCAAGACCUGGUGUUUGGGAAUAUGUCCGUGUUAAUGUUUAUGAACUCAGUGUGGAGCAAUUGAGUAUCCCUGAAUAUCUUCACUUCAAAGAGGAACUUGUAGAUGGAACGACUCAUGGCACUUUUGUAUUGGAGCUUGAUUUUGAACCAUUCAAUGCUUCAUUUCCUCGUCCAUCUCGAUCAUCGUCCAUUGGCAAUGGUGUUCAAUUUCUCAACCGUCACCUUUCGUCAAUUAUGUUUCGGAACAAGGAUUCUUUGGAGCCAUUACUUGAUUUCCUCAGACUUCACACAUACAAAGGGCAUACACUGAUGUUAAAUGAUCGUAUCCAGAGCAUCUCCAAACUACAGUCAGCUUUGGUCAAGGCUGAGGAUUAUCUCUCUAAGCUUAAACCUGAUGCAGGCUAUUCUGAGUUUGAAUAUGUAUUACAAGGAAUGGGUUUUGAGAGAGGUUGGGGUGAUACUGCUGAAAGGGUGAUGGAGAUGAUGCAUCUUCUCUCUGACAUUCUACAGGCUCCUGAUCCUUCUACAUUAGAGACUUUUCUUGGAAGAGUUCCUAUGGUGUUUAAUGUUGUUAUAUUAUCUCCUCAUGGCUACUUUGGUCAAGCCAAUGUCUUGGGUUUGCCUGACACUGGUGGGCAGGUUGUUUAUAUAUUGGAUCAAGUGCGUGCCCUUGAGAACGAGAUGCUUCUUAGAAUCCAGAAGCAAGGACUAGAUUUCACUCCAAGAAUUCUAAUUGUUACCAGGUUGAUACCUGAUGCAAAGGGGACAACCUGCAAUCAGCGGCUAGAAAGAGUUAGUGGUACUGAACACACUCAUAUCUUGCGAGUUCCUUUCAGAUCACAUACAGGAAUUCUUCGUAAAUGGAUCUCAAGGUUUGAUGUGUGGCCUUAUCUGGAGACUUAUGCAGAGGAUGUUGCUAGUGAAAUUGCUGCUGAGUUACAGGGUUAUCCUGAUUUCAUUAUUGGAAAUUACAGUGAUGGAAACCUUGUUGCGACUUUAUUAGCUUCUAAGAUGGGAGUGACACAGUGCACAAUUGCGCAUGCACUAGAGAAAACAAAAUAUCCAGAUUCAGAUAUAUAUUGGAAAAAAUUUGAGGAGAAGUAUCAUUUUUCAUGCCAAUUCACUGCUGACCUAAUAGCAAUGAACAAUGCUGACUUUAUCAUCACUAGUACAUAUCAAGAGAUUGCAGGAACGAAGAAUACUGUUGGCCAAUAUGAGAGCCACAGUGCAUUUACUCUUCCUGGGCUCUACAGGGUUGUUCAUGGCAUUGAUGUUUUUGAUCCUAAGUUCAAUAUUGUCUCUCCUGGGGCAGAUAUGAGCAUCUACUUUCCCUACUCUGAAAAGCAGAAAAGAUUGACUGCCCUGCAUGGUUCAAUUGAACAGCUGUUAUAUGAUCCUGAGCAGACUGAUGAGCACAUUGGUACACUUAAAGAUCGGUCAAAGCCCAUAAUAUUUUCCAUGGCAAGGUUAGACCGAGUGAAAAACAUUUCUGGCUUGGUAGAAAGCUAUGGUAAGAACAGCAAAUUGAGGGAACUGGUCAACCUGGUUGUGGUGGCUGGCUAUAUUGAUGUAAAGAAGUCCAGGGACAGAGAAGAAAUUACAGAAAUUGAGAAGAUGCAUGAUCUCAUGAAGAAAUAUAAUUUAGAUGGUGAUUUUCGUUGGAUAGCUGCCCAAACAAACAGGGCACGUAAUGGUGAGCUUUAUCGCUAUAUAGCAGACACCAGAGGUGCCUUCGUUCAGCCUGCUUUCUAUGAAGCUUUUGGACUGACAGUUGUGGAGGCCAUGACUUGUGGGCUGCCCACGUUUGCUACUUGCCAUGGUGGUCCUGCUGAGAUAAUUGAGCAUGGCGUAUCGGGAUUUCACAUUGAUCCUUAUCACCCUGACCAAGCUUCUGAAGUAUUGGUUGAUUUCUUCCAACGGUGCAAGGAGGACCCAGGCCAUUGGAAUAAAAUAUCUGAUGGUGGUCUUCAAAGAAUUUAUGAGAGGUACACAUGGAAGAUAUAUUCCGAGAGGCUCAUGACCUUGGCGGGAGUUUAUAGUUUCUGGAAGCACGUGUCCAAACUUGAGAGGCGUGAAACUCGACGAUAUCUUGAGAUGUUCUACAUCCUUAAGUUCCGUGAUUUGGCAAAUUCUUUUCCUCCAGCAAAGGACGAUGCAAAUUAACCCAUCGGCGGUGCCUAGGCAAUUUGCAGCCAAUGUAAUUCUGAAAUGAGUGGAUGAAGACACUCUGAGAAUAUGUAGUGUCUGAAUAAAGUUCUGCUACUGUGUGCGUUACAAUGACAUUGUUCUCUGGUCAUGCUGGGGCUUCCACGUCUCGUUUGUUUUUCUAAUAUUUGUAAUGUAUUGAAAAGAGAAUCAAGGAAGCGGAAUUCCUCUAUUUCCCGCCAUAAAUUCAUCACUCGCAUUUUAACCCGA